AUGAACACAAUGUUUUCCAAUUUCAUCCAGCUAAGCGAUGGCAAUGAGAUGCCUUUAACUGGCUAUGGUCUUUGGGAUGUAGACGCAGCCAUUUGUGCCGAUCAGGUUUACGCCGCUAUCAAAGAAGGCUAUCGAUGCUUUGAUGGUGCGUGUGACUACGGUAAUGAAAUGGAAGCCGGACUGGGUAUCGCGCGUGCCAUUCAAGACGGACUCGUUCAACGCAAGGAGCUGUUUAUUGUGUCCAAACUCUGGUGUACAUUUCAUGACCCCGAGCAUGUCAAAACCAUUGCACAGAGACAGCUUUCGGAUUGGGGGCUGGAGUACUUCAAUUUAUACCUGAUACACUUUCCUGUUGCACUGGAAUACGUCGAUCCAUCGAAGAGUUAUCCUCCAGGAUGGGCGGCUUCAUCUGAUCCCAAUGUCAAAGAUGUUACUUUUGCGCACAUUCCAAUGCACAAAACAUGGGCGGCGAUGGAGAAUUUAGUUGAACAAGGGCUCACAAGGAGUAUCGGUAUCAGCAAUUUUGACACCCAGCUGAUCAAUGAUCUGUUCAGCUACGCGAGAAUAUCUCCCGCUGUACUGCAAAUCGAGCAUCACCCUUAUCUUACUCAACCGCGCCUGGUAAACUAUGCUCAAGCGCGGGGGAUUGCGAUCACAGCAUACUGUUCUUUUGGCCCCCAGAGCGCUGUUGCAGCCAAACUGGCAAAUGUUAGCAAGCUCGAUUCCCUUCUGGAUCAUCAAUUGAUCAAGAAAAUUUCGAGUGAUCACGACAAGUCUCCAUCUCAGGUACUGUUGCGUUGGGCUACACAACGUGGCAUUGCUGUCAUCCCAAAGAGUAAAAAUCUCGAGCGUAUGCGCCAGAAUAUGGACAUGCAGUGGAACCUUGAAGACUCUGAAAUCGAAGCUAUUAGUGAUUUGAAUCAAGGGCUUAGGCUGAAUGACCCAGUUCUACAUGGCUUCAACGUCCCGGUAUUUUCCUAG